AUGAAGCAGUCUUUGGCAAUUUUGGCAUUCCUACUUUUAGCUUUUAGCAGUUUUGGAGAGUCCAAGAAACCAAAGGCCCAGAAAGUAGUACAAAAAGUUGUGUACGUUCAGAAAGUCCCAGCUGCUCCAAAACCGCUGACUGAAUACGAAUUGUGUAAGCAAGAAUGCAGAAUUCAACGCGAUGCGCAAUCAACCGCCGAUCGUGUUGAGCAAUUGAAGCAGGAGUUGGAAGAAGCUGAGCAAUUGUUGAAUGAUCAUGUUAAGAACGUCGACGCACCACAAAUCGCACCGGAAAGAGCCGAAGCUGCCGGUCAGGUUCCAGUUGUUAGAAAAGGUUUUAAUGCAACAUCGAUUCGUAAAUAA